AUGCCUGAAGCUAAGUGGGGCCUGGAAGAACAUAAUAACCAGAGCUAUGACUUGAAGAAUGACUUUCAGCCAUAUAACGGGAAAUUGUAUAAUGAAGGAGAUAAGAGGAAGGGUUCUGAAGUUGACUGGUCAGAGCUAUGGCAUGAAGAAUGGUUUUCGGCCGCGGGAAAUAAGACGAGAGGGAAACUUAGCCAAGUCCCGCUGAGCCUGCACAUGGUUCGUGCUGCAGAUGAAAUGUUUGCAGAGUUAGUUGAAAACCUUGGUCGAGAAGGCACUUUAUCUGCUGCUGGAUCUUUAGGUGAUGAGCUGCCAAUUGAUUCUUCAGCAGGUGCCCUUGAAAGGGAUGGUGGAGCACUAAUAGCACCUGUCAAAACCAAGCAUUAG